GGAGCCUCCUGCCGGUGGGAACACGCAGACGUCGAUCGAUUUAUAGUCCUGAAAUAAUAAAGAAAACUCCAUAUUGCAAACUUAACGCGUGUUGAGCGGCUAGCAUCCAUUAUACCCGUGUGUUCCCCCCCUUACAGGAGUCCGAUAUGUAGCUUUCAUUUGCGUAGGGGUUCGGAGCCGACGUGUUUAGUGUGAAGUGAUUCCGGUUCAGGGGGAAGGUUUGAACUGCUCUGGAAAGUGACCAUUGUUGUAAUCAGGUCGAGGCUGUUAUCAUUUCCACUUCUGACUUUCUUUAGUUUUUUUUUACGGGUUUACAGCGGAUAAAACAGCGCGGGCUUUUUCAAGUGUCAUGAAAGAAAUGUCGAGUACCAUGCCUAGUGGGCAGCAGCCUCAGAAACACUAUGGCAUCACCUCUGCCAUUAGCCUUGCACCCCCACGAGAAAUAGACCAUCAGUACACCAAUAAGCUUUGUGAUGCUAUGAAACCCUUUGGGGUGUUUGAAGAUGAGGAAGAAUUGAACCAUAGACUUGCAGUUCUUGGAAAGUUAAAUAAUUUUGUGAAAGAAUGGAUUGCAGAGAUCAGUGAAGUAAAGAAUCUUCCACCGUCAGCAAUAAGUUGUGUUGGUGGCAAGAUAUUUACAUUUGGUUCAUACAGACUUGGAGUACACACAAAAGGAGCUGAUAUUGAUGCCUUAUGUGUGGCUCCACGCCAUGUAGAGAGAAGUGACUUUUUCCAGUCGUUCUUUGAGAAACUGAAACAACACGAAGAGAUCAAAGACCUGAGGGCUGUCGAAGACGCUUUUGUACCUGUGAUAAAAUUCAAAUUUGAUGGAAUAGAGAUUGACCUGCUUUUUGCCAGAUUGGCCUUACAGUCCAUUCCAGACAACCUGGACCUAAGGGGGGACUCCAUCCUGAGGAACUUGGACAUCCGGUGUAUCCGCAGUCUUAAUGGCUGCCGAGUAACGGAUGAAAUUUUGUAUCUGGUGCCAAACAAAGAAAACUUCAGAUUGACAUUAAGAGCCAUAAAACUAUGGGCGAAACGUCGUGGGAUCUAUUCCAACAUGCUGGGUUUUCUGGGUGGAGUGUCGUGGGCCAUGCUUGUGGCCAGGACCUGCCAGCUCUACCCCAACGCUGUGGCUGCUACACUGGUCCACAAAUUCUUUCUUGUUUUUUCUAAAUGGGAGUGGCCGAAUCCUGUACUAUUGAAACAGCCUGAGGACAGUAAUCUGAAUUUACCUGUGUGGGAUCCUAGAGUGAACCCAUCAGACAGAUACCACCUGAUGCCCAUCAUCACGCCUGCCUAUCCCCAGCAGAACUCCACAUACAACGUCUCCACGUCAACACGCACCAUCAUGAGCGAGGAGUUCAAAUACGGUCUCAGCGUCACAGAUGAGAUUCUUCAGGGAAAAGCGGAAUGGUCCAAACUCUUCGAGCCACCCAACUUUUUCCAAAAGUACAAGCAUUACAUUGUUCUAACUGCCAGUGCAUCAACAGAAGAAAACCACUUAGAAUGGAUCGGUCUGGUGGAGUCGAAGAUCCGUGUGUUGGUGGGAAACCUGGAGAGGAAUGAGUACAUCACUCUGGCUCAUGUGAACCCCCAGUCCUUCCCCGGGAACAAAGAGAACCGCAAUGAAAAUGACUUCGUGUCCAUGUGGUUCAUCGGGAUUAUCUUCAAGAAGGUGGAGAACGCAGAAAGUGUGAACAUCGACCUGACGUACGACAUCCAGUCCUUCACAGACACCGUGUACAGACAAGCCAACAACAUCAACAUGCUGAAGGACGGGAUGAAGAUUGAAGCAACACACGUGAAAAAGAAACAGCUGCAUCAGUACCUUCCACCCGAACUGGUGCAGAAGAAGAAGAGGAGCAUAGCAGAGUUGAACCGCAGCAGUAACGGAGGCAGCUCCAAGCGGAUCUCUCUGGACAGCAGUCACCUGGACAGUUCCACAAACACAGACUCAGGAACCCCCAUUAGCUCCCCGACCAGCAAACCUUCCAAGCCGACAUCAGACACAGAUGACGGCGUCAGCCCUCCCAAGCAGCUUUUUGUGGAAAGUCCGCCAACACCCAGUGCUGCAUCAGCUGCUAAAGACCAGGGCAUGUCCAUCCCGGUCAUCGGUUCAAAGCCCCCAGUCAAAGUGAAGGCCCCCUCCCCUCCGGCCAGUAGCUCCAUCAGCACCACGCUGAGCGGGAAUGUGAAGCCCAACGCCGCCAGCAGCCCCAAAGAGGAACCCAACGGCCUGGAGGACUCAGUCAACGGAGCUCCCACCAAGAGACCACACUCACCUACACAAGAGGACCCGGCCAAGAGGCACAAAGACGCAGAGGUGGCAUCUAGUGAUGAUGGAACUUUCAAAGAGCCUUAUCCACCAUCCUCCGAUGCCUACACACAAGGAGAUGGACCUAACGCUACUCCUCUUUCUGGAUCAAAAGCUAAGCCCAUUCCAACCAUCGAUACCUCAAGAACACAGAGACUUCCCAGCAUGGAGCUGCCAGACGCCUCCUCGCCUCUCCCAGCCAGCAACAGCUGUCGUGUUGUGAAAAAUUCCAUUAAGCUGGCUCUCAACCGCCACAACAUCACACCUCCAAAGCCCACGGUGUUCGAGGGCUCCAUCGCCACUGACGCUCCUCCUGCCACCGAGGAAAAGGGGAUGUCCAUUCCUGUCAUUGGCUCAAAAGACAAAAAUGCAUUGCUGGGUCUCAAGAGGCUAGAGCCGAGUGGGAAUCCUGUUCUUCUGUUACCGUUCGUGUUUCUGUCCGUAGAACAUAUGGUCGUCGGCAGCUCCAUCCCCACGUUAGUGAGCCGAGGAGCCGACCCGCUGAACGGAGCCGCAUCCAAGAGACCCCAUUCCCCAUCCCUGGAGGAACAGGCCAAGAGGCUGAAAGAAACAGAGAAGGCUAGGAUCCACAUAGCUUAAACACCACCAAACAGACUGGACACACAAACACACAGAGGUGAGGCUUCGCGGUUCAGUCCAACACCGAGUAGAGGACUUAACACUGGACCCCGGGCGCGUUUCCAGGUUCGGUCGAUCCCGCGUGUGAAGCCGCCGGGCGGACACCUCACCUCAGAUCUCCAGUCAGUACAGGUUCGCCAGCGGAUCCGGUGAUUCGGUCAGACCAGACGUUGUCAGCGCCCACUGUCACAACGCCCGACGACCUUCAGCGGUUCACGUCACGGAGGCAGAAGAACUAAAGCGGCAGUUUUUUUUUUACUCGUCUUCUCCCGCAGUGUUUAGAGAUGUACACAGUGCAGAUGGAAAAUGAGCUGUUCAUUUCAUUUUCCUUUUUUUUUUUUUUUUUCCGGUUAACAUGUUUUAAAACAGCCCAGAACACUUACCGACGCUUGCUACACACACUUCUGGUGUAUGCUGAUUUCGUUUUUUUUUUUUUCUUCUUCUUUUUUUUCCCCCAAACAGAAACCUGUACAGUAAAUGUUGAUGUACAUAAGUUUUUUGUCUUAAAAAAAAAAAAAAAAAAGCAAAAGAUCGCUGUUAAGUCUUUUGAUCAUUCUAUUGUAGUUUUAUCUAAAAAUGGAAAAAAAAAAAGUUUAAAAAAAUUGUAAUUCUUUUGCUUUUCUCUAUUGCUUGUCCAAAAAAAAAAUUGUCUCCAGCCCUGGAUAUAUUUUGUAAACACUGUAUAGAUUUGGAUACAGUUGAGAGGAGGAUGUUUAGGAGGGUUUUCUUGGCGGAAAUCGCAAAAAA